GCAGGAAGAAGUGUCCUGAAGUGGAGUUUGAGAGGCGAAACGGCGGCGGCAGCCGCGCUCCUCCCGCUCCUCUGCCUCCCCAUGGAUAUGCACUGCAAAGCAGACCCCUUCUCGGCGAUGCACCCAGGGCACGGGGGUGUGAACCAGCUUGGGGGGGUGUUUGUGAACGGCCGGCCCCUGCCCGACGUGGUGAGGCAGCGCAUCGUGGAGCUAGCCCACCAAGGUGUGCGGCCCUGCGACAUCUCCCGGCAGCUGCGGGUCAGCCACGGCUGUGUCAGCAAAAUCCUGGGCAGGUACUACGAGACUGGCAGCAUCAAGCCUGGAGUGAUAGGCGGUUCCAAGCCCAAAGUGGCAACGCCCAAAGUGGUGGAUAAGAUUGCUGAAUACAAGCGACAGAACCCAACUAUGUUCGCCUGGGAAAUCCGCGACCGGCUGCUGGCCGAGGGCAUCUGCGACAAUGACACAGUGCCCAGCGUCUCUUCCAUCAACAGGAUCAUCCGGACCAAAGUUCAGCAGCCUUUUCACCCAACACCGGAUGGGGCUGGGACGGGAGUGACUGCGCCUGGCCACACCAUUGUUCCCAGUACGGCCUCCCCUCCUGUUUCCAGCGCCUCCAAUGAUCCAGUGGGAUCCUACUCCAUCAAUGGGAUCCUGGGGAUCCCUCGCUCCAAUGGCGAGAAGAGGAAACGUGAUGAAGUCGAGGUAUACACUGAUCCUGCCCACAUUAGAGGAGGUGGAGGUUUGCAUCUGGUCUGGACUUUAAGAGAUGUGUCCGAGGGCUCAGUCCCCAAUGGAGACUCCCAGAGUGGCGUGGACAGUUUGCGGAAGCACUUGCGAGCUGACACCUUCACCCAGCAGCAGCUGGAAGCUUUGGAUCGGGUCUUUGAGCGUCCUUCCUACCCUGACGUCUUCCAGGCAUCAGAGCACAUCAAAUCAGAACAGGGGAACGAGUACUCCCUCCCAGCCCUGACCCCUGGGCUUGAUGAAGUCAAGUCGAGUCUAUCUGCAUCCACCAACCCCGAGCUGGGCAGCAACGUGUCAGGCACGCAGACCUACCCCGUUGUGACCGGUCGUGACAUGGCGAGCACCACUCUGCCUGGUUACCCCCCUCACGUGCCCCCCACUGGCCAGGGAAGCUACCCCACCUCCACCCUGGCAGGAAUGGUGCCUGGGAGCGAGUUCUCCGGCAACCCGUACAGCCACCCCCAGUACACGGCCUACAACGAGGCUUGGAGAUUCAGCAACCCCGCCUUACUAAUGCCGCCCCCCGGGGUUCCGCCCCUGCCGCUGCUGCCGCUGCCUAUGACCGCCACUAGUUACCGCGGGGACCACAUCAAGCUCCAGGCCGACAGCUUCGGCCUCCACAUCGUCCCUGUCUGA